AUGCCUGAGUCCAAGGACGCGGAGGCACACGACGUUCAUAAUGAAGAGAAAGACCCCACUCAUGAAGCGGAUGAUAUAGCCGAUGCAAAGCUCCAAAAUGGCCUUACCGAAGAAGCUAUGGAUGCCGAGUUGCAGCAGCUUGAAAGCCAGCUGUACGAUCUUCCUGUAUCACGCUUUGACUUCUCUAUGGCAAGCCCGAAGAACUUCACCUACAUCCUCGUCGCGUUUGCGUCGAUGGGAGGUAUGCUAUCUGGUCUAGACCAGUCGCUCAUCAGUGGUGCAAAUCUCUUCUUGCCCAAAGACCUGCACCUCUCAUCUGCCGAUAACAGUCUUGUCAAUGCGGGCAUGCCGCUUGGCGCUGUGGCUGGUGCUCUCAUUCUUUCCCCGGCAAAUGAAUAUCUCGGUCGUCGCAUGGCUAUCAUCGUCUCUUGCAUCUUGUAUACAAUUGGGGCAGCGCUAGAGGCCGGCGCCAUCAACUUUGGAAUGAUCUUCGCAGGUCGGUUCAUUCUCGGGGCUGGUGUUGGUCUGGAGGGAGGCACUGUGCCCGUAUACGUUGCCGAGUGUGUCCCUCGCAAAAUUCGCGGAAACCUCGUUUCACUUUACCAGCUUAAUAUUGCCCUUGGUGAGGUUCUCGGAUACGCUGUGGCUGCCAUGUUCGUAAGCGUCCCUGGAAACUGGCGGUACAUCCUAGGCUCGUCGCUGGUCUUCUCCACCAUCCUGUUCAUUGGCAUGCUCUUCCUCCCGGAAAGUCCUCGAUUCCUAAUGCACAAGGGCCGCGAGAUCGAAGCCUAUGCAGCCUGGAAGAAGAUCCGAGGCUUCGACGACCACGAAGCAAAGGACGAGUUCCUCGGUAUGCGUCAGGCAGUCACUGCUGAGAGCGAAGAGCAAGCCGCGACGAAGAAGUAUGCAUGGAUGGACUUCUUUACUGUUCCGCGCGCCCGCCGCGCCAUGGUCUAUGCCAAUAUCAUGAUCUUCUUGGGCCAAUUCACCGGUGUCAACGCCGUCAUGUAUUACAUGUCCACGCUGAUGCAAGCCAUUGGCUUUGACGACAAAGAUGCCGUCUUCAUGUCCCUCGUCGGCGGUGGAUCGCUUCUCAUAGGCGCUAUUCCUGCCGUGCUAUACAUGGAGCGCUUUGGUCGUCGGUACUGGGCUAAUGUUAUGCUUCCCGGCUUCUUCGUUGGACUUGUCCUCGUCGGCGUGGGCUACACCAUCGAUGUGCACAAAUACCCGUCGGCUGCACAGGGUGUCUACCUCACCGGCAUCAUACUGUACAUGGGGUUCUUUGGCUCGUAUGCUUGUUUGACAUGGGUUGUGCCUUCGGAGGUUUUCCCGACGUACCUCCGAUCCUAUGGAAUGACCACCGCGGACGCGAAUCUUUUCUUGUGCUCGUUUAUCGUGACUUAUAAUUUCACGCGCAUGAUGGAGGCCAUGCAUCGCAUUGGCUUGACUCUUGGGUUUUAUGGGGGUAUCGCGAUUUUAGGAUGGAUUUAUCAGAUCAUCUUUAUGCCUGAGACGAAGAAUAAGUCGCUGGAGGAGAUUGAUGAGUUGUUCUCAUUGCCGACUGCGGUCAUUGUGAAGCGCAACAUCAAGCAAACUGCACAGAUUGCUGGAGAUUUGUCGAGACUGAGGCUGAAGAAGGUCUUUUCGCCCGAACCAUACAAAUAG